AUGAAAAUGGAGCAACAAGGAUCACCAGCUUCCCAAUUCUUCCAGUCUCCAGCCGACUCUCUCAUGUCAGCUCCUGAAGACGCCUACACAUCACUAUUCGCCGCUACCACUCCUAGCGGAACUUCAACAGUGAACCCCAUGGACAUGUUGACACCAAAGUCCUACAACGAUGACUCCCUACUACCAAUGAUCAAGCAGGAGGAGGGCCUUGGAUCAACACCUUCCCCUUCUCCAGCCCCUGAGAAGAAGACCACCAAAAAGAGAAAGUCAUGGGGCCAAGUCCUCCCCGAGCCCAAGACAAACCUCCCUCCUAGAAAGCGAGCAAAGACCGCUGAUGAAAAGGAGCAACGCCGGGUUGAGCGCGUUCUACGGAACCGUCGCGCAGCUCAGUCCUCUCGCGAACGCAAGAGGCUGGAGGUUGAGCAGCUCGAGCAGAAGAACAAGGACCUUGAGGCUGCCAUCCAACAGGCUGAGCAGAUGAACGCUAGGCUCAUGGAUGAGCUUGCACAGAUGCGCAAGGCCAAUGGUCUUCCCCCUCUGUCCCAGGAGCUCUUCACCCCCCAGACAACACACCAGCCAGCGGAGACCAUGGUAUCUCCCAACGCCACUGUCGACCCAAUGGCACUAUCACCCUGUCUAUCACCCGUCCCCGAAGAAUCUGAAGAGACCAUCAAACAGGAGCCGGCCAAGGAGACAACCCUGGAACAAUCUGAAAACACCUCUCCCGACCUGACACAACGUCCUGCUGCGAUGUUGUCCGACCUGCAGUGUCACAUGUCGGCGGAGGUGUUGAAGACCUAUGGCGGUUCUGAAUUUCUGUCAGCGUCCAUUGACACAGAUCGUUAUCUCAUCGAGAACGGGCAUCUCUCUUCACCCUACUCCUCAGCUUCUGACGAGCCUUAUCUGGAGUUUGACACGUCGCCAUUCACCCUCGACAACAGCUUCAACGACGAGUUGUACAACACCUUCAUCAACGACACGGACAACGGCAUCUCGGUGGAGCUCCAGAAGCCAACUGACGACGCCGCUGCGAUCCUCAGCGACGAGUUCCGCAUCUACGAACUUGAGAAUCAAGUCUCUUCAGAAAAUCCUAUCCAGCAGCCCCUCCCUGGCGCGUCCUCUAUCGGAUGCGACGUUGGUGGCAUUGCGGUUGGUAACUGA